AGAUACAGGAAUUAGAAGUGAGGUGAUUUUACUUUGAGCAGAAGCUGGUCAGUGAUGCGCGGCAACAUUUCAGAAAUAAAAUGGUUGACAAUGACCGCCAUAACCUUCACACUCACAGCCAUUUCCAUCUCUGCGUACGCAUUUAAGAGAAAAUGGAACGAUAUGAACUCCAAGAUCGAGGAGCUCGAGGCAUCUCUGAAGUCCUGCUCUGAGAAAUGUGCCUCCGAAAGGCAAGGCCGAAUCAGGGCUCAACAGGCUUUGAGAGAAGAAGUAACAAAGUCGCAGCCUAAAUCUGAAAACCUAAACCUCACUUGUUAUCCCAUGAUGCCAAUCGGUAUCGUCCACUCCUGCUUCUCCACCAGGAACGGGACGCCGAGGCAACCGUUACUCGUGCCACUUGCUAGGGCGUGUUUGGUUUUUAACACUACUCGCGUUCCUCCGGCGUCGCUCGAGGGUUUGGAGGAAUAUUCUCAUUGUUGGAUUCUGUAUGUUUUUCACUUAAAUACGGAUCUUGAUAAGCUGUGGAAGCAUCCGUCUAAAUCAGGGUUCAAGGCCAAGGUGAGGGUUCCGAGACUGAAGGGUGGAAGAAAGGGAGUGUUUGCUACACGAUCCCCACACCGUCCAUGCCCCAUCGGACUCACAGUUGCAAAGGUAGAGGCUGUACAGGGAAAUAUGGUUUUGCUCUCGGGUGUGGAUCUGGUUGAUGGAACUCCAGUGCUAGAUCUCAAGCCUUACCUGCCAUAUUGUGACAGCAUCCGAGAAGCUACAGUGCCAAAUUGGUUAACAGAUGAUAACUUGCUUUCUGUAGCUUCUAUUAGCUUUUCGGAGGACUUCGCUUCAGCUCUCGAAAAAUGCUGGAUAGUGGCGGAAAAGAAGUCAUUGUAUGCAUCACCAGGUGAGUUCCAAAGCUUGAUAAAGCAGGUUCUUUCAUGGGAUAUUCGGUCAUUGAGUCAACGCAAUCGACCACAUGAUGCAUUACUUAAUGAAAACGGUGAACUAUUGGGUAACGCUUCUGACGUAGAUGACCACGAAAAUGCUAUCAAUUCCAGUGAAAUCAUUUAUCACCUGAUUUUGGAGGGACUUGAUGUCUCUUACAGAAUUGAUCAUGUCGGUAAUGUCAUCGUACAUAAUGUGUCACCUGCUGUGCAGGAUAAUAAGCAUAGUUUCUUUAAUUACUUGACAUGGAAAGACAAGUUGCAAUGAUUUCUUUUAUGAUACCCUAUUACUUGUUAAGCUAUUUUAAUUGAUAUUUUUCUUUUUCAAAAAAUGCUUUUGCCCUUUUGUUAGUAGUAAUGUAAGCUUUGAAGGUGUUUGGUUU